AGUGGCUCGUGGCAGUCGUGUCAUAGACUUUGUAGUGUGCGGUGAGUGACGUUGAGGUUAUAAUAAAUUUCAAUUAAAUUCUCAUUAAAGAAAAGUUAUUUUACUUCGUUCGAAGAUUUAUAAUGUUUAUAUUGAAUAUCGAAGAUUCGUAAAACGUAUUAUUUGAAAUCAAAGUAUUUAUUUAUAUUAAAUUAUAUUAAGCGAUAUGUAUUUUAUUUGUCAACGUUUUGUCAACGAAUUAUUCGUAUAUACUUUACUAUAUUUUCCGAAGAACGGAAGAUUGUUCUGAAAAUUCAAUAUUAUAAUUUCAUAUUAUAAAAGGAAUAUCAGUGAUUCAAUCGAAACAUUAUUUAAAUCAUUAAGAACAUAAUACGACAUCAGUGAAUUAUCUUUUAUAAAAAAUUUCGAAGAAUCGUUUGUACGCUGGACGAAAUAUAAAAGUUGCAAGAUGUUAACCAAAAAAUUAAGUAAUAGAAGAAUAGUGGUUGACAUUCUUGUUUUAUUUUUUGGUAUUGGUGCAUGGAUCGGUAUAAAUGGUAUUUAUGUGCAAUUACCCCUUUUGAUAAAUAAUGCACCAGAAGGAUGGAAUUUACCAGCCCAUAUGGUAAUGCUGGUACAGUUUGCUAACUUGGGGCCAAUUCUAUAUACGUUAUAUAUUAAGUAUACUGCAUGGGCAUAUGAUAAACUAAUCAUAUAUGGAAUGUUAAUAGCAGCUGUACUAUCUACUUUUAUAUUGGCCUUCCUUUAUAACAAAACAUCAGUAAUAUUUGGAAAUGUACAUUCAACGAGUCUUCUGUCUCUGAUGUUUGUAACAGCUAUUGUUGGAUGUACGAGUUCUGUUCUUUUCAUGCCUUAUAUGAGGAAUUAUCGUGAAAUUUAUCUGGUGUCCUAUCUUGUAGGAGAAGGUCUUAGUGGUUUUAUACCUAGUAUUGUAGCUUUGAUUCAGGGUGUUGGCGGAAAUCCUGAAUGUAAAAAUGUUACUAAAGCAGGAUCAUCUGAUUUAAAGUUUGAACCUUUCUAUCCAGAUCCCAGUUUUUCUACACAGACAUUUUUUAUUUUCAUCUGUGCGUUAUUAUUUUUGAGUUUCCUCUCUUUUCUUGGCUUAAAUAAAUUGCCAGUGGCUAUUGGCGAAAGAGUUAAACUUCCAUCAAGCAUGGAAACACUGCCAACAGAUACUAAAGCUCCACCAAGUUACAAAACAAAUUCAGGCUGGACAAUGUCCAAACAUAUAUAUUAUUAUUUGUUAACUAUGAUGGCACUUGCUUGUUUUCUUGGUCAUGGUACUCUUCCUAGUAUUCAGUCUUAUUCUUGUUUACCUUAUGGAAAUGUAGGUUAUCACUUAACAGUAACGUUAGCUUCAAUGGCUGGUCCAUUAGCAAUGUGUUUAGGUUUUAUUAUAAAGUCUCCAAAAAUCAGUCUUCUUAGUGGACUUAUGGGAUUAGUUAUUAUUCUAUCCUGUUUUGUUUUAUUUUUAGCUGUGAAAUCACCUAAUCCACCUUUACAGCAUACAUGGAUAGGUGAAAUGUUAGUUGUAGUUUCAUGGAUAUUAGUUAAUGGUUUAAUAGGAUUUAUAAAAAUGGGUAUUACCACUUUAUUCAGACCAGACCCAGGUAGAGGUUUAUAUUAUACUGGAGUUGCUACACAAAUUGGUUCUCUGAUAGGUGCAAUAAUAACAUUUGUGUUAGUUAAUCAUGUGAAAAUCUUUCAUUCGUAUUCACCCUGUGAUGCUAUGCAUUAA